AUGACUAGUGUAUUGAAAAAGACUGUCCACAAAGGCAGCAGAAGUAUUGAUUUCAUAAAUCACAACCUCAAGACAUCCAUUACCCAACCCAAGCGAGGAGAAAUAGAGAAGAGCUUAGAUCCUGUGAACAAUAUAAGUCCAGUCAAAAAUAUCAAAGUCUAUGAUCAUCCAAUACAUCCAUUUCAUAGACCCAGUGCAGCAAGUAAGCUGAUCAAGGUUUUAAGACCUCACAACAAGCUUGAUGCUGGUCCUAUUUUCAGCUUAGAAUCUCACACAAAAGGUGGCCACAAAGUCAACCUUUCACCUUCUUUUAACUCUUCAAGAGAAGCCAUCGCAUUCCUUGACAAAUUACCCCAAGAUUAUCAGAUCCUGAACCCUAUAGAACAGCCUCCAAUAAGUUCAAGCCUUUCGGAAAGUGCUAAAAGUCAAAUCGAGGAAAUGAGAACUGAUGAUGUUCAAUCCUGGUCAAAGAUUUUAAAGGCUCGAAUUGUUUCUAAAGAUGGUUCAAUAAUUACAAAUGAAGACAAAUUAGUUUUCUUACUUGAAAAAACCAUUAAUAGUACACCAGAGUCUGUUUCCAAUGUCAUUCCCCUCCUUAAAAGCUACAUCACGUUUGUUGAAAAUUCAAAGUUGGUGUCUAACAUCUCACAGUUUUUCCUACAUCAAGUACUGAAAUAUGAAUAUGAAAAUCCGAAACAAAUCCUUCAGGAAAUCAGUGAAAUUGAAAAAUUAUUAGCGGAUGAAUAUCCAGGUGUUAAGAAAGAGCCUUCUUUCAUAAAUGUUUUAUUGAAGACACACUUACACUUGAAGGAAUAUGCAGGAACCAAGUUGCUGAUAGAUAGUUUGAUCGCCCAGGGAUUCACACCUGAUGCUAAAACCGUUGAAAUGUAUUUGAAAUUUCAUGUUGAUAAACUCAUUUCAAGUAAAACUUUAUCAGUUACCAAGAAUGCACAGGUAAAGGCUGAUUUUUUUGAUUCAAUAAUAGACAUGGAUGAUGUUUUCCAUAGUGUUAUGAAUCCUAAUAUUGCAAAACUUCUACUUCAUGGAUCAGAUAGUCUGGAAGAAGCUUCAAGUAUCUUGAAAGAGCUUCAAUCCAAAAUUCAAGGGCAAGAAUUGAAGGAUACAUACAAGAGUUUUGAAGUAAGAAUGGUCAACAUCAUGAAUCAAGAAGAUAGAACUUUUGUUCCUCAUAUUUUACAAAGUGCACUAAGAAAUACAUUUUAUCAAAAACAUGAAAGGGUCACAGAGUUUGCAAAUCGUUCAAAUGUUAUUCUUUUGAAUAGAACAGUUCGUUAUGGAAGUUUAAUUUUCGCUACUAAAUUAUUAGAGAAAGUCCGUGUUAGUCCGGAUGAUAUUAAUGGACUAUCAAAGAUUUUAGAACAAAGAGAAUUUGAAACAAUAAAUGAUAGUCCAGGAUAUGAUACAAGAUCAAGAGAUGCAUUUUUAGAGAGGCUAAAUGCAAAAUCAAGCUUAUAG